AUGACUGGUUACGCGGAAAAUCCUCGGGGAGUUGAACAACUACCAGCAGCUUCACGUGUUAUAACCAGAAAAAACCUGUCGAUUAUAAAGUAUCUUAUUUUGCUAUUGAUGGCCAUGUGUUUGGUUCUGGAGAUAAUCGCAAUAGUCCUCGGUGCCAGUACUGGCAACAUAUUUGCUGAAUUUCAGCAUUUUCUGGAUAAUCAAUUUCACGCACUAGCCACGUUUAUUGUAGUUCUUGGAAUCAUGAUGCUAGUAGUAGUGAUGGGUGGAUGUAUAGGCAUAAUGCUGGAAAAUAUGUCUACUGUUGGGAUAUUCAUUGUUGUAUAUACUAUGUUGAUUAUUCUGGAAAUAAUCAUAGUAAUUUCCACCUUUUCGCUCAUACGAAAUACAGAUUCAUUGUUGGGAACGCGUAUGGAACGCGCAUUUCUUAAUUUUUAUGACGAUCGAAUUUCUCACCGAUCAGUUAACCACAUGCAACAAAGGCUCCAAUGCUGCGGAUUCAAAAAUUACUCUGACUGGUACAAUUGGCCGCAUCAUGAUGAUUUCGAAAGCUCUGUUCCAAUGUCCUGUUUCGCAUCCCCUCAAUACGAAGUUCCGUUCGAAGUGGGCUGUUUCGAUCGAAUGAGUGAACUUAUUGGCUAUCUGCUCAACGUCUUAGCUUCGGGAACAAUAGUUGCGAUCAUUUUUCAGGCAAUUUGCGUCAUCAGUGCGGUUGUGUUUCUAAUCCAGCUGCGCAGCUAUCGUAAACACGAGACUUUACAACGAUCAACUGGUGCAUUUCCACCUUCCGUAUUUGGUUUGGAAACCAUUCCGGAGGAGAAAACUCCGAUUUAG